CGCCACUUCCGGUACGCGCUGUAAGAGUCAAGAUGGCGGAUAAUUAUCGAAGGUUGCGUUCCAUUUGACAAUUGCAACGCUCAUUGAAUUAUUUUAUUAAUUAUUUAUUAUUGAAUUGUUCAUCGAGAAUUAAUCAAGGACAGAUGAUGUGCUAUUUUAUUAAGACUGCGUUCCUACCGAAAAUUCAUAUCGCGAUAUAUGUUAUAGAUUUCCAAUACCGGCACUGAGUUUCGAAACGCGACGCAGCAAGUUGAACGUAGCUGUCAACGAUCAGCUGAUCGCCGCGACAGUGACAGUUGUUUGAUUCAUGCGAAAGAAAAGUGCGACUUUAUCAAUUUUAUCUAACGCUUACUCGAAUUUUGGAAAAACAAUUUUGAAGGAACAAUGUGUUGUCUUUCAAAAGAAAGAGAUAUAAAAUAUUUUAGAAGAAUGUGAGACGGCGGUGACUAGCAUUGAUGUGUUGAUACACGUAAAGAAAGACAAACAAUUGACUUAUUACAUUGUAAAAUGUCUAAUUAAUACUCUUAAAAUUGUGAAAUUGCGGUAGUGUUUAAUAUAACAAUUGAAAUAAUGGCGGCAAAAAUAUAUCAACCUGAUCAAGAGCUGGAAACAAAAGUAAAAAAGGCGACUGAACGCAUAUCAGAGAACAUGCACAUUGUUGCCAACGAGCCAUCACUAGCCUUUUACAGGCUACAGGAACAUGUGAGGAAAGCGCUGCCACCAAUGGUGGAGAAACGUGUGGAAGUGCUGGCGUUGCAACAGCAAUUACUAGGCAGAUGUUACGAUGUGGAAUAUGCUGUCAGUGCCAUCAAGACUAUGCAUGGUGCUGGAAAGAGCUUUGAAAAUACCCUGGAGUUUAUCAAGAAUGCGAUAUUCUUCAAACAGCAACUCAAGUACGAGGAGCAGAGACGGCACAAGAAGGAUGGCAACAGGGACUCUGUCUAUAAACGAUUAUCAGCGCAUAUCCCCACAUUGGAUCAUCUACCGGAUGAAAUAUCUGAUGUCGUUCGUGAGACAGCGAAUCGCGUGGAGUCCAUGAUGAAUCAUGCCAGACAUUCGGGUGAAGUGCAAAGAUCGGCUACCAUUCAUAAUUAAACAUGCUUUUGUAAAUAUUUUAUUGUAAAUGUUUGGUUUUCUGUGAUAAUCCGCUCAUCAAUAUGCGAACUUUAUACAUAAAUUACAUGUAAUAGAAUGUAUAUGCUUGCUACAGUAAUGUAUAAUAAAUGAAAUAUAAAUUUUCUAAUAUA